AUGUCAUCAAUCCUUGGACUUCCGACACGCGGAUCAGAUGUAACCAUCGUCAUAACCAGGGUCCAUCUACACCCCUGUUGUGUGCUUGUGGAGUUCUGGGGGAAAUUUAGUCAGGAGAGGACAGCAGAUUAUCAGUCCCUGGCCAAAGAUAUUCAGUCUCCCGGAAACACAUUUAAAGAGUUUGAAGGAAAUCCAGGUGACCAGUGCUUGGUUCAGAUAGAUGGUACUUGGUACAGAUCCCGCAUUGUCUCAAGAAAUGGCUCGAAAUGCAACGUGUUCCUCAUUGACAAAGGAAUGACAAACAGCACCACCACAACUAUGCUGGCAUGGGGUAAGAAGGAGCACUUCCACCUGCCUCCUGAAGUGGAGUUUUGUUUGCUAGCCAACGUUUUACCUCUCUCAGCUGAGAACAGAUGGUCUCCAGUGGCUCUUGAGUUCCUCAGAUCUCUCUCAGGGAAGGCUGUGAAGGCACAUGUUCAAGACGUCCUGGUGUCUCACAGAACAUUUGUACUGCACAUUCCUUGCAUAUUCAAACAAAUGUAUGAGAUGGGAUUUGCCAAGAAGCUAGCUCCAGACAUGUUCCAGGACUUUGUACUCAAGUCAUUGGAAGACCAUAGUGGAGCUGAUUUACCUCUUGAGGUUCAGCAAAGCUCCAUAGAGGCAGGUGAGCGACUGCACAAGCAAGAGCUGUACAUGUACCCAGAGCUGCCAGCAGGAACUGUGGAGACCAUCAUUGUCACUGAAGUCACAAACCCACAACGGAUUUUUUGCCAGUUAAAGGUUUUCGCAAGAGAGUUGAAAAAACUCUCAGAACAAAUCACUCAGUGCUUCGAGGGCAGAAUGACCAGUUGCGUUGUCGGUCCUGAAAUGAUUGGAUAUCCGUGUGCUGCAAGAGGAAGCGAUGGCAGAUGGUACCGCUCCGUUCUGCAGCAGGUACUUCCAGGCAAAAAAGUAGUGGAAGUACUCAAUGUUGACUAUGGAACAAAACAGUUUGUUCAAGUGAAGGAUGUAAGACCACUAGCUAAAGAGUUUUUCAGGAUGCCUGUUGUGACUUACAUCUGCUCGCUCCACGGGAUCCUCGACAAAGGCGUUGGAUGGACAACCACCCAGAUCGACUAUCUCAGGACCCUUCUCCUGCACAAAACAGUGAUUGCUAAAUUCGAGUACCAGAGCAUCUCAGAAGGCGUUCACUAUGUUACGCUCUAUGGGGAUGAGAACACAAACAUUAACAACUUGUUUGGUUCAAAAGAGAGCUGUUUCCUGGAGUGUGAAAAAACACUGGGAGAUUAUGCCAUUCGAAGCACUGCAUACAGCCGCCAGAAUCCUCCCCAGCAAGAAAAGAAUCAGAGAAAGAUGCUACCUCCUGGACAGGUCCUGGAGGAUAAAGAAGUGAAGGAAAUGGCAGAGAAGUUUCCAGUUGAAGACCUCUCCCUAAACUCCUCCCAUGUGGCAUUUGUACAGCAUACAUCCAACCCAUCAGAGUUUUGGAUCCAAACACAAAACUUUGCAAAUGAGUUGGACGAACUGAUGGAUAACAUAUACCAUCUAUACAAAGAUUCAACAAACAAGGAUGUGGUGAGAAAUCCAACUGUAGGGCUCUACUGUGCUGCCAAGGCAGAGGAUGGUGACUUCUACAGAGCAACCGUGUCUGAAGUCGGUGAAAAACAUAUCAAAGUGUUUUUUGUGGAUUAUGGAAACACUGAGCUGGUUGAUAGGAGUAACAUCAGGCCCCUUCCUGAAGAGUUCAAAAAGCUGCCAUGGCUUGCAAUGAAAUGCACCUUGGCAGGUGUCAGGCCAAAAGAUGGAAGAUGGAGUCAGGGUGCCAUUGAAUUCUUCAUCAAAGCAGUCACAGACAAAGCUCUAAAUGUAAGCGUGACAGCGAAAUACGACGACAUUCAUGUAGUCCAGCUGACUGAUCCUGAGGCACACGGAGAACCAGAUCUCAGUAAGCUGAUGUGUAGCUCAGGUCUCGCUGAAAGGGAUGAAACACAGAAACAACCCAAAACCAGAAUGACCAUGCAGCCUGCCAUUAUCCCAGUCUCACAACAUAUGCCAGAUGCCAGAUUCUCAGGUCUAUACAAGAACAGCGGGAUUCCUUUCAAGACCCAAAACACUGUUGCCCCUCCCAGCAACGAAAGGAGAACUACUACUUUCAAGGAGAAUAUGUUUCCCAUCGGAAGUGUCCUUGACGUCAGCGUGUCCUACAUUGAGAGCCCAAAUGACUUCUGGUGCCAACUCGUACAAAAUGCAGGGCACUUGAAAUUGCUCAUGCAUGACAUACAGGCUCAUUACGCAGGAAGUGAAUUUCAGCCUCCCGAAACGGCAUGUGUCGCUCGCCACCCUGAAAAUGGGAUGUGGUACAGAGCUCUCGUAAUUCACAAACACGAAACGCCUCACGUAGACGUGCUGUUUGUUGAUUAUGGCCAGACAGAGACAGUCUCCCUCUACAACCUGAGGAGGAUCUGCCCCGAAUUCCUCACUCUGCAUGGUCAAGCUUUUCGCUGCAGUCUGUUAAACCCCGUGGAUCCAACGUCUGCCAUAAAUGACUGGAACGAAGAAGCAACAGCAAGGUUUCACGACUUUGUGUCAACCGCUGCGUCCAACUUUGUGAUAUUAAAGUGCACCAUAUAUGCCGUCAUGUACAGUGAGCAGAAAAUCGUUUUCAACAUCGUGGAUCUAGAAACUCCUUUUGAGAGUAUCUGCACCAGCAUGGUCAAUCUUGUCAAAAGCGUACCCCCCAAAAAAGCCUCUGGACCAUCCUUCCGCCUGGACACAUACUACUACUCGACACACAACGUCAAAACCGGGACAGAGGAACAGGUCACCGUGACGUGUGUGAACAGCGUCAAUCAGUUCUACUGCCAGCUCGAGAGGAACGCAGACGUGAUAAAAGAUCUCAAGAUGAAAGUGAACAAUCUCUGUCACCAGCUUGAGAACGUGAAACUCCCGACAGUCUUUGGUACUUUGUGCUUUGCAAAGUUCACAGACGGGCAGUGGUACAGGGGGCAGAUCAAGUCCACAAAACCAUCAAUCCUGGUUCACUUUGUGGAUUACGGCGACACUAUCGAGGUGGACAAAUCAGACCUGCUUCCAGUGCCCAGAGAAGCUAGUGACAUCAUGUCCGUGCCUGCACAAGCGGUGGUGUGUAGUCUCUCCGAUGUUCCUACAGAUGUUCCUAGCGAGGUGAAUAGCUGGUUUGAGACGAGCGCAACAGAGUGCAAAUUCAGAGCUCUGGUAGUGGCCAGAGAGCCCGAUGGAAGAUUGCUGGUUGAGCUGUAUCACGGACAAACUCAAAUCAACUCAAAGAUCAAGAAAAUGUUUCAAAUAGAGAUGCAAACAAAGGAACAAGUUGUCUGCCCGGGUCACAAAGCACCAAAAGCUUCAGCAAAUAAUGCGCAAAAGACUCCAAAUGCUGUGCCAAGACAAACUGCGGAAAUGGAUGAUCACACUCAAAGCAUCAGGAAAAAUAACUUCUCUGCCCCAAGAUCUUCACAUCACACGAGAGACGAGACAAAAUCUGCAGAUGUAAGUCCACCAUCUGCACCAAAGCGUUCACGGCACGUUUGUGAAAACGGUCAGAGGGCCAGAACUGCUCCAUUACAGCUGUACAGACCUCCACACCAAAGACAGCCAUGUAGUAUGGGAAAUGGUUCUGAGCCAGCAGAUACCCAAAUCAAACCAAGAAAAGAAAACCAGCCUGUGAAGUUAAAAUCACCCGGUGCAGAAUCUCAGAGGGAAGGCAACAUGUCACCAGAAGCCAAAAUUGGAAAACUGCUCAAACUCGCAGACCUGCCCGCAAAGUCCAUCACAUCAGGUAUGGAGGCAGAAGUUUACGUCUCACACUGCAACAGCCCGUUUAGUUUUUAUGUGCAGCUUGUCGGAGAGGAGGAUGAAAUUUUCUCCCUGGUGGAAAAGCUCAAUGAUCUGCAAUCAACGCCCCAAACAAACAGCAUCAAAGACGUGAACCCCGGAGACCUCGUUCAAGCAGAGUUCGCAGAUGACUCCUCUUGGUACCGAGCAGUUGUAAGAGAAAUUCAUGGCAACGCAACGGCUCUCGUGGAGUUUGUUGAUUUUGGAAAUACAGCAGUAACGCCAAUUUCCAAGAUGGCCAGACUUGAUAAGUCUUUCUUGCAGCUACCGGUGUACAGUAUACACUGCAUGCUGAGUGAGGCUGCAGCUUUUGGAAAAGAGGAGGCGUUUGAUUCAGAAGUGGUUGCAGCUUUCAAAAGUGACAUCGGCGGUAGUGGUGAGAAGGAGCUGAAGUGCCGGUUUAUCAGGCAAUCAGGAUCUGUGUGGGAAGUCAGUCUGGAGAACAAUGGUGUUAAAGUGAUGUGUAAAACAUCGACCCCAGAGAAAUGUGAACAAGUGAUGGAAAAGUCUGUCGAAAACUCUGAGAACUCACAGCUGGACUUAAGUUCCCUCCGUUACUACCAGCAAACCUUUAAAGAGGGACAAAAGUUAGCCGUCUACAUUACAACUAUAAAUGAUGCUCAGACCUUUUGGUGCCAGUCUUCUGACACAGAAGAACUUGAUAAGAUAACAGCAAGUGUCUCAGAAGUUGGGAAUGCAGCAGAUCAGAAACAGUUGGACACAGAUCGUCUUUCCCCCGGCAGCCCAUGCAUCGCUCUCUUUUCAGAGGAUCAGCUUUGGUAUCGCGGAGAAGUCAUCGAUAAACACGGAGACGAGCUGUCCAUUCUCUUCGUGGACUAUGGAAACAAGUCCCAAGUCAAGAGAUCAGAUGUUCGAGAAAUGCCUCUCGACCUUUUGGAAACUCCACCGCAGGCGUUUUUGUGCGAGCUCGAAGGUUUCGACGCUUCACACGGAUCUUUGGACACCGGUGCCGUAGAUGAGCUGUCAGCACUCACAGCAGACAACUUAUUACAGCUGACUGUCAUUAGAGUAGUAAGAGAAGAAGGACAGAGCAAAUGCAACGUGCUGCUGGAAUGUGAAGGCAAGGUGAUCAACGAGGCACUGAAAACCUGGUGGAGCUCCACACAAGAAAAGAAACCUGAUGCAACACCAGAAAUUCAACAUUCAACAGAGAAAGAGACUGAGCUACCUGAAGAUCAAACACCAGCAGAAACAGAGUGUUCAAACAUUCAGGAGACAGACAGCGACGAGCUCGUUGACCUUCAUGCAACAGAUGGCGACUACAAAUUAGAAAGUACUCAAAACAACAGCGAGUGCUCUGAAGAGUCCCCUCAAGAAGAAAGGGAUCCGAUUUUGUCAGAAUGUGAUCCCCAAAUCCUCAGCACAUUGGAGAGCCUGAUAGAAACUGUUUCCAGCGUAGGGGUGAAAAUAUCCCCCACUAUUGUGAUAUCUCAAACUGAAUCAAAUGAUAUCUCGCCAUCGGAUAGUGACCUAGAAGACACUGCGUUACCUCCCUCUGAUAACAAAGACAACUGUGAUGUUUUGACCUUGAGCUUUUCCGAAAAUGUGGCGGAAACUGACGAGGGCUCUGAAGAAGAGAACGCUUCCCUGUCCGACAGUAUUUGUCCAGGUGAAUCAAACUCUCAGUCCGACGAGAACCUUCAAAAGGCAGCGGAUGAGUCUGAGGUCGCGAAGAAUCCACCACAUGAAGAGGAGACGACCUCCGACAUGGAAGGCAGCUCUCACAUGAUUUAUUCUGAUUCAAAUGGAGAAAGAGAUGAUGGCGAGGUUACCACUGCAGUGAACAGUCCUGUUAACAGCAUCACAUCAGUAAAAAUGAUUCCCCGCCAAGCUUUUCCCAUAGAGAGGGAGAACACUGACUUGCAUGAGACCAUUUCUGAGACUUCUGAAGACUCAAAGCAGAUUCAGACUGACUCGGUGCUGCCCUCCUGUGUGCUUCCUGCACAGCAGUUCUUUGAUGCUCUCACAGAGCAGGAUAUUGAAGCAGGAGAUGGUGCCCUACAGGAAGAGGUCCAACAUGUUGCCACAAAUGCCAAGAAUAUCUUGAUGACUGAAGAGGACACCUUGGCUCAUUAUGAGGAUUCAUAUUCAGCCCUGCUAGCUGACACCGACACAGCAGCCAGUGAGACACACAUCUGCACAUCUCCGUCUGGUGACGUGAUUGAAGAGGUCACCUGCUCUGUUGAAGAGGCCUGCUUGAUCUGCUCAGAUCCAGAUGAGCAGAGCGAUGAUGGAGAGAUGAUUGCGAGAGACGAUUGUCUCAGCAGUGUGUCGGCAGAGGAAACGGUUGUCCAGGCAGACAGUAGUCCUGAGGUAGAAGUCGAUCAGCAGAAGACAGAAGAAUCAAAUGAGGUCCAGGAUGAAUCACUGUUUGUUUGUGUGGAUCUUCCUCUUGAGAAGUUAAUUGAGUACCGAAAGGAAAUGGAAGACAUUUCCCCCCCAGAGGAAAUGUCUUGCGCAUCAGCAUGUGACGAGGAUGACAUGAUUAAUGAAGAUGAUGCGUUGAUUCUUCAUGAAGCUCUAACAUCUGACAUGGAACCACAAACCCACACAGUUCCUUAUCUAGACAUGAGUGACCUGGUGGAAGAGGUGACCUGUCUGGUUGGAGACAUUUGUUUGAUGGAUGUCUGCAGAGAUGAGCCACAACUUGAUGAACAACUAAAUGUGCCAACCAUGCACGACCAAAUAAGAGAAGCUGAAACGGAGGAUGGUGAGCAGCUGGUGUCUACACCUCUGAAACACAACGAGGAAUUUAAUGAUGGUGAGCUUGCUGAAGAAACAUCGUCUUCUUCUGAUGACAGUUUUGAGGCCCAGCUGUCAAAGAUAACUCAUCUGUCUCUGAUCAUCAAUGAUGGAUCCGCCGAUACUCUGCCUGUUGAGCAGCAGCCAGAAGAGUGA